AUGGGCAGAUUUGGAAAUCAAGCAGAUCAUUUUUUAGGUGCUUUAGCAUUUAGCAAAGGUGUAAAUCGUACCCUUGUUUUGCCCCCAUGGGUUGAAUAUCGGUUUGGAGAAGCAAAAUCAAUUCAAGUGCCAUUCGACACUUAUUUUGAGGUAGAAUCUUUAAAUUUAUAUCACCAUGUUAUCACUAUGGAAGAGUUCAUGAAAGAUAUAGCUCCUGUUGUGUGGCCGCCACAUAAAAGAAUAUCUUUUUGUUAUGUUGAGAGAAAUGGUGAAAAACUAAAUAGUUGUAAUGCAAAGUCGGGAAACCCUUUUGGGCCAUUUUGGGAUACAUUUAAUAUAGACUUUAAAGGUUCUGAAUUCUAUGGACCUUUAAAUUAUGAUGCUCAUAACAAAGAAAUGAUGAAUAAAUGGAAACAAAAGUAUUCAUUGAAUAAUUGGCCGGUCUUAGCAUUUACAGGUGCUCCAGCUAGUUUCCCUGUCCAAAAAGAAAAUGUUCAUCUACAUAAAUAUUUGAAAUGGAAUCGUGACAUAGAAAACAAGUCGAGAUCUUUCAUCAAAAAGAAUAUGAGUGGUGGUGGUUUCAUAGGAAUUCAUUUAAGAAAUGGCCAAGAUUGGGUCAAAGCUUGCCAUCAUGUAAAAGAUAGUCCAAGAUUAUUUGCUGCUCCCCAGUGUGUUGGUUAUAAAAAUGAAAGGGGGUUAUUAACUCAAUCAAUGUGCCUUCCUGAAAAGUCUGAAAUCAUAAAACAAAUAAAACGAGCUAUGAAGAAACUAAACGAUAUAAAAUAUAUUUUCGUCGCAUCAGAUUCAAAUCAUAUGAUUGAUGAUUUGAAAACUGCAUUACGUCAAUUUGAUGUUAGUGUUGUAAAACUACAACAACCAAACCCUCAUCUGGACUUAGCUAUAUUGGGGCAGGCCAAUUAUUUUAUUGGAAAUUGUGUUUCAUCAUACUCUGCUUUUGCUAAAAGAGAAAGAGAUGUCAAAGGAUUACCUUCUGAAUUUUGGUCGUUUCCGAGUCCGAAAAAGAUAAGACAUGAAGAACUAUGA